AAAAUUAAAGUUGAAACAUUUGGAUGAACUUAAAAAUAAUUUUACAGUUGAAGAACCUUCUCUUAUAAAAAAUCUGCAAGAAGUUAAAAUUAAUGAUGCUACUCCUAAAAUUAGUAGAGCUGAAAAACGGUUCAAAAAAAAUCACUCAAAUGAAAGAAAGGCAAGCAUUAAUAGAAGAACAUGAUAUUAAAAACAUUGGUGGUAUACGACAUGUUGAAACUCAAACUUUAGUAAAAAAACUUAAAAAUCUUGGGUUGGUUAUUUUUGAUAUUCCUUCAGACGGUAAUUGUUUAUAUAGUGCUAUUGCACAUCAACUUAAAGAAACGUGUGGAAAGAUUAUUACAGUACCCGAAAUCCGUCUUAAGACUUCUGAUUUUCUCAAAUGUAACAAAGAUGACUUUAUUCCUUAUUUAAGUCAUCCAGACACUGGUGAAAUGUUAACUGAUGAUCAAUUUGAAGAAUAUUGUUAUCAAGUGGCCAAUUCAGUUCAAUGGGGUGGUGAAAUUGAACUCCGAGCUUUAUCACAUAUAUUUGAAAUGCCAAUCAAAGUAAUUCAAGCUGAAGGAUCUGAUAUCACUAUUGGAAUAGAGUAUACUAAUUGUAAAAAACCAUUAAUAUUAGUGUUUCAUCGACAUAUGUAUGGUUUAGGGGAACAUUAUAAUUCUGUUUGCUCGAUUUAGUGUAUUCAUGUUUUCAACUGAAUGUAACUAAUAUUGGUGAAAUAUACAAUACAUUUGAAAAAAAA